UCUGCAACGCUUCCUGUGACAUUCUGUUGUUGCGAAGAAAACAACCGCAUCGACAAGAUAAUUACCCGCUUUGUGUUGCCGGUGGGAGCCACCAUCAACAUGGACGGCACAGCUCUGAAGCUGUGGCAGCCAUUUUCAUAACCCAGUUUAACGACUAUCCCCUGGACUUAGGUCAGAUCAUCACUAUCAGAUACAGUGUUGUUUAUUUUAUUGAUACGUGAGGUACAUGUGACGUGUAUUGCAGGUCUCUGUGUUCUGAAUGACGUACGCUUGUGUUUUUUAUUGUCCCUUUCCUUGUAUGCUGCUGGUGACAAACCCAGUGUCACAUUCUGGGGAUGAAUUACGUUUAUUUAAGAGCACAUUUGAGAAUGUGCAGGCUUUUCUUCUUUGUGUUUUUUUUACUAGUGUCACGGCAACAUUAGCCAGUAUCGGAGAUCCUGGGGUCCCUAAUGCAGGCAUGGUCACCAUGGUGAUCGUCCUGACAGCAGUGGGACUACCUGCCAAUGAUGUCACUCUUGUUGUCUCUGUUGAUUGGCUUCUGUAACUUUGUUUUUUGUUGGUUUUCUACAGUAUAUUUCUGUUCCACUUAAGUAUAUAGAUGAUUGGCAUUGGUUACUGCAAUCACAAUGCAGCACUACAUUAUGAUAAUCUGGCAAGCUGAUUGGUGCAUUUCUAGAUCUAUUAUAAAAUUGUCAAUACAGAUAAACAACAUGUAAGGAGGAGAGGUAUUAUCCUUCAUUGUAUUCACUCUCUCUCAUAUGGUGUACUGGGCUCAACAGAGGCUAAGGGGACUUGUUUUUAGCUUUCUAAGCACUGCUGUGCAGUGAUGGCUUUUUUUUAUUUUAUUGUUUUACUUGUAGAGUAUGUCAAAUAAUUUGUGCCAAUAAAUGUUUUCUAAAAUCUUUCCCUCUCUGUCCCAGAGAUUGUUUGCGCACCAUGAUCAAUAUACUGGGAGACGCUUUAAGAGCCGGAAUAAUACAGAAACUGUCGAAGACAGAGCUUGAAAGGAUGGACAUGAGGUCGGACACGAUCAACCAUUUUGAUCAGGAGGAAGCAGCAGACUGCGGCGAGGAGCUCCUACGUCAAUGGCGGUUUCAUCGUGGA